AAAAUAAAAUCAAGGAAAAAAAAUAAAAAUCUGAGUUACACAAGGCCGAUAUUAUGCGACAACCGAGCCGCAACUGAACAUGUCAGAUGCAUCUCUGUGUUUAAUUUGUCGACAUCCAAAUCCAAAAAUCUCUCGAAUCACAACUGAAAUGGCAAUUACAACAAGCCUCAUCGCCUCAUCUCCAUGUUUAUCAUCAUCUUGUUUCAGAUCAAGAACAGCCCCAUCUUCUCACAGGGUCCCCCACCAUCGUUCCAUCUCAGCCGUUCACACAACCAAACCAACAAGCCCAUUGAGAUGGAGCGUGGAUAGCUGGAAGAGCAAGAAGGCCUUGCAACUUCCUGAAUACCCAGAUGAGAAUGAGCUCGAAAAAGUGCUUAAAAAGCUGGAGAGUUUCCCGCCAAUAGUGUUUGCAGGGGAGGCGAGGAUGCUGGAAGAGAGAUUAGGGGAGGCGGCUAUGGGGAAGGCUUUUCUGUUGCAAGGUGGGGAUUGUGCGGAGAGUUUUAAGGAGUUUAGUGCUACUUAUAUUCGUGACACUUUUCGAAUUCUUCUGCAGAUGAGUGUUGUUCUUAUGUUUGGUGGCCAGAUGCCUGUUAUUAAGGUUGGAAGGAUGGCUGGUCAGUUUGCCAAGCCUAGAUCAGACCCCUUUGAGGAGAAGAAUGGAGUCAAAUUGCCAAGUUACAAAGGAGACAACAUAAAUGGAGAUGCUUUUGAUUUAAAAUCAAGAACUCCGGACCCUGAAAGACUAGUGAUGGCCUAUACUCAAGCUGUGGCAACUCUUAACCUUUUGAGGGCUUUUGCGACUGGAGGUUAUGCUGCAAUGCAGAGAGUCACUCAAUGGAAUCUGGACUUUGUAGAGAACAGUGAGCAAGGAGACAGGUACCAGGAAUUAGCUCACAGGGUUGACGAGGCUUUGGGAUUCAUGGCUGCAGCAGGAAUCACCCCGGACCACCCUAUCAUGGCAACAACUAACUUUUGGACAUCCCACGAGUGUUUGCAUUUACCUUUUGAGCAAGCCCUCACUAGAGAGGAUUCAACCACUGGCCUUUACUAUGAUUGUUCUGCUCAUAUGGUAUGGGUUGGGGAACGGACUAGGCAACUAGAUGGGGCACAUGUAGAGUUCUUACGAGGAAUUUCUAAUCCCCUUGGUAUUAAGGUGAGCCAGAAGAUGGAUCCAAAUGAACUAGUUAAGCUUGUUGAAAUUUUAAAUCCUAAUAAUAAGGCUGGAAGGAUCACGGUAAUUGUGAGAAUGGGAGCUGAAAAUAUGAGAGUCAAGCUUCCUCAUUUGAUCAGGGCAGUGCGGGGAGCAGGACAAAUUUUGACAUGGGUCUGUGAUCCAAUGCAUGGAAAUACCAUACAAGCACCCAGCGGACACAAAACAAGGCCAUUUGAUGCAAUCCUGAGUGAGGUGCGAGCUUUCUUUGAUGUGCAUGAGCAAGAAGGCAGCUAUGCGGGAGGUAUCCAUCUGGAGAUGACAGGUCAGAAUGUGACCGAGUGCAUUGGUGGCUCACGAACUGUGACUUAUGAUGACUUGAGUGCCCGUUAUCACACCCACUGUGACCCAAGACUCAACGCAUCACAGUCCCUUGAGCUAGCCUUUAUCGUUGCUGAACGACUCAGGAGGAGGAGAAUUAAAUCUCCAAAUUCACUCUUUCCAAGUAUUUAGGUUUGCUCUAUAAAUAUAUCUCUUGUAUUACUUUUUGUUGAGCGAGUAUGAAGGAAAAAUUGGAGGCUUUGUGAUUGACUAUCCAAUUCAAUCUGGAUGGCCAAAGUUUAAUGUUUUGCCUUUUUGCUUGACGAUUUUGAUAGAAGUCCACUAUAGCCAAUGGCUAAAAGAAAUAUGUUAUGUUCA